UGUCAACUGCGUUGUUUGCGUUUUUCUGCGAUAUAUUUUUGUAAUGAGGAAAAUAGUUUUCGUUACAGUUAAAUGAAAUACAUAUAUAUGUUCCGUGCAUGUUAAAACAAAAAUACAUAUUAUAAAUCUGGUGCUAAAAGAAGUAAAACUUUCUAAUAGCCCCAAGGAAUACCGUGACAUCAUUUCUCUAACAGGUGGCGGUUAGAGAGAGAAGAUGAGCAGCCAGCACCAGUACAUGACUGUGAACAACACACCCAGCACGCGGGUUGGGGACAUUGAACAUAUCAGUCACCUCUCCGAACACAUUGGCUCACUAUGCCUCUCCUCCGAAUACUCCGAUGUGACCCUGAUUGUGGAAGGUCAGAGGAUCCCCGCCCAUAAGGUCAUCCUGGCUGCCAGCAGCGACUACUUCCGAGCCCUGCUGUACGGCGGCAUGAGGGAGGCCAACCAGGCCGAGGUAGAGCUACAAGCACCACUUCAGGCCUUUAAGGCACUACUACGCUAUGUCUACUCAGGCCACAUGGGACUCUCAAACCUCCGUGAAGACACAGUGCUCGACAUGUUAGGACUGGCCCACCAGUUCGACUUCCAGGAGCUAGAGGCCGCCAUAUCAGACUACUUGCGACAGGUGUUAGCCCUGCGCAACGUGUGCUCCGUACUGGAUGCCGCCAGACUCUACGGCCUUGACGCGUUAAUGGACUACUGUUACAACUUCUUAGACAGAAAUGCCACAGAGGUCCUUCAACAUGACUCCUUCUUACAGUUAUCUGUUGAGGCACUACAAGGUCUUCUAGAGCGAGACUCAUUCUUCGCACCCGAGGUGGACAUCUUCAAGGCGGUCUGCAAGUGGUUCGAGGCCAACCAGCAAUGGGUCAAGUCUGAGAGUGGACAGGCACAAGUGGAGAAGAUCCUAAAAUGCGUGCGUCUUACGCUCAUGAGUCUUGAAGAACUACUGCGAGUUGUUCGACCAUUUGCGCCCGUAACCCCCGACAUGUUGCUUGACGCCAUACACGAUAAGACUCGAACCCGCAGCACAGACCUACGUCACCGUGGAUUAUUACUUCCCGAAGAAAACGUGGCAACACUAAAACGAGGGGCUCGCGUCAUCGCCGGCGACAUGCGCUCAGCGCUCCUAGAUGGCGAUUGCGAAAACUACGAUAUGGAGCGAGGAUACACCCGACAUACUAUCAGCGAUGACCCCAACAACCCGGGGAUACUAGUUCGACUCCCGGCCCCGACCAUCCUGAACCAUUUGAGGCUGUUGCUGUGGGACAGAGAUAACAGAUCAUACGCAUACUUCAUAGAAGUAUCAGUGGACCAGAAAGACUGGGUGCGAGUGAUCGAGCACAGCAAGUACUACUGUCGCUCGUGGCAGAACCUGUACUUCCCGGCCAGAGUGGUCCAGUAUAUCAAGAUAGUGGGCACCAGCAAUACUGUCAACAAGGUUUUCCACGCAGUGGCCCUAGAAGCAAUGCACACAGCGCGCGUGCCUCCUUUAAGUAACGGCCUCGUGCGGCCUCUACACAACGUGGCUACUGUCGAGCUAUCCGCCGUCGUCAUUGAGGGCAUCAGCCGUUCCCGCAACGCGCUCCUAAACGGCGACACGGAGCACUACGACUGGGAGCAGGGCUACACGUGCCACCAGCUCGGCUCCGGCGCCAUCGUAGUCCAGCUGGCGCAGCCCUACCUGCUCUCCUCCAUCCGCCUGCUGCUGUGGGACUGCGACUACCGCCACUACUCGUACUACGUGGAGACCAGCGUCAACUACUGGGACUGGGAGACCGUCUGUGACCGCACCAGAGACGCCGCUAGAUCGUGGCAGGUGAUCUACUUCUCUCCGCGUCCAGUAUCCAUUAUUCGCGUCGUCGGAACCAACAAUUCAGUUAACGAGGUAUUUCACAUGGUGCACUUGGAGUGCCCGGCGCAAGUGGAGGAGGCGUCCGGUGACCCGGCCGCCAAGAAACCCCGCGCCGACAGUCAGACACCUACGCCUGCCGGUAACAACAGUAAUGCCGUCGCUGCCGCCCCCGCAGCCGCCGUCCCCCGCGCCGCGUCCCCCCCGCCCUCCCCGCCCGCCCCGCCCGCGCCCGAGCAGCCCCUCCCGCCCGCCGAGACCGCCACCGAGGCCGAGGAGCGCUACGACGACGAAUGAACACCACGGGUAUGGAACGAUUCACAACAAACAUGUUAUGUUUGAGUUUACAAGUGAGCGCACUGAAUACAACGAAACAAUGAAAAAUCUUGGACCGAUGGUUGUGGAGCUCUGGCUGGCAGGGCUAAAUUUCUCUAUACAUAAUCAGAAGUACAAAACCAGAUUUUGUUGAGAUAUAUUAGUCUCUAUGUACCUUUAAAUAUCUGAAAGGUCUAACACAGGUGAUUAACUGAUUUUGCGUAAUGUUGAAUUUAUAACAGAAAAUUUACCUUGAUCUUUCCUGUGUUAGAUAACUAUAUUAUAUACGAAGAAUACGGGGAUAGAGACAGUUUCGCUAUUUAAAUUGUAUUCUUUAGCAGCAUUAAAAAUAUAUUUUUACGAUCAAAAAGAUAUCAAGCCAGAGGUUUACAACCUUCGAUCCUAUUUGAUUCAAUUUACGUAAUAAGCAUAUCAAAAGCGCACUAAAAAUUGUAAAGGUCCUGAAAUGUGAAAAUAUGUUAUAGUAUAACUCACAUUUAAAAUUUCCAACGGAUUGUAGAGAUUAUCGUGUUGCACUAAAGACCCUUCCUAUAAUAUUUUAUAGCUAGCGUAAGACUCGCUUUAAGAGCUUUAUACCAUUAUAGCUAAGUAAUGGCAGGAGUUCCCAACCCUUAGGAUGACCCUCCACUUUUAAAGAUAACAGUACCGAAACUACAAGAAAACAAAAUGGAUUACUUAUAAAGAAUAAAGAGACAUGAAAACGCAACGCAAAAAGAUUGGGCAACCCUGUUUUACAGAUAUCACUCUAGACAAAUACUUGGAAAUCACUUCGAUAAAUCAUGAACAUGUAUUUUGAUAAUCAUGCAAUAUCGAGAAACUAUUUUUUAUAAUGUAAAUUAAUUAUGUUGAAAUGAAAUUAAAUGGUAUCAAUCGAUUCCACUCAUUUGAAUGAAAAAUCAUUU